CUAACAAACAGCUGUAAUAACAGAUAAUUAUCAUACUACAAAACGGAAAAAAAUGAUAAUCUGUUGUAAGGCCUCAUUUUCAGGUGUCUCGUUUUGUCCACUUCCAACGCUAACAAAACUCGUCUCUUUCCCUAACUCUGGAUCUCGAUGCGUAUAUAUAUAUAUAUAUAUAUAUAUGUACAUAAAAUAUACAGAGAAGAGAGGAGGUGAUGCCUUCUGCUGCUGUUGUUGCAUGAGUCGAGAAGAGAAGAGGUUUCCCAAUGGAAACCACCGUCCAAACAGGCUUCUGUGAUACACACUACUUAUACCACAACAAAAACAACGGCGACGACGACGACGGUGAUUUCCUCAUCGAGGAACUUUUAGACUUCCCUAACGAAGACAUCAUCGCCACCACUGCCGACACCGCCAAUGCCGGAAUCCACCAGCCACCAGGCUUCAACACAACCCCGACAACGACCAAAAAUUCGUCCUCGCCCUCAUCUUCACCUACAUCAUCCUCCGAUUCUUCUUCCGCUCCGGCGGUCCCCGAAUCGCAAGCGCCGCCGCCGGACAACCAGCUCCAGCUCGGCGACGAUUUUGGUGUUCCGCUCGAAGACUUGGCCGAGCUCGAAUGGCUCUCGAAUUUCGUCGAGGAGUCCUUCUCCACCAAUAACCUCCCGGGGUUCACGGCCCGACCCGAAGAACAACUUGCUCUCAAAAGUAAUUUCCAGCCCGAGGCCUCCCGACCGAGCCCGAUUCUCCACCCGGAGGUGUCCGUCCCCGCAAAGGCCCGCAGCAAGCGAUCCCGCACUGCGCCCGGGAACUGGACCUCACGACUCCUCGCAGUGUCCUCUGGGCCGCCGCCGCCGCUGGCGCCAUUGCUUCCGGUCGCUUCGUCGUCAACAGCAGACUCGUCCGAAGUUGCUGUUGCCCCGCCAAAGAAGGCGGCGAAGAGGAGCAAGAAGGAAACUCCGAACGCCGGUGACGGCGAGGGGCGGAGGUGUCUCCACUGCGCCACCGACAAGACGCCGCAGUGGAGGACAGGGCCGAUGGGGCCGAAGACAUUGUGCAAUGCCUGUGGCGUGAGGUACAAGUCAGGGCGGCUCGUGCCGGAGUACCGGCCGGCCGCAAGCCCCACAUUCGUAAUGACAAAACAUUCAAAUUCCCACCGGAAAGUUCUUGAGCUCCGGCGGCAAAAAGAGAUGGCAGGAGCUCAACCGCAGCCGCCAAUGCCGCCGCCGUUAGUAAGCUAUCAUCAUCAUCAUCAUCAUCAAGGUAUGAUGUUUGAUGCACCAUCCAAUGGUGAGGAUUACCUGAUCCAUCAGCACUUAGGACCAGAUUUUAGGCAGCUCAUCUAAGGAGAUGGAAAAAACCAAAAAAGACACAAUAGAUAGAAGGUAAGGUCAGCAAGGAGAUCUGAAGCUCUAAUUCAAUGUAGCCAAAACACAAUUAUUUUGCUACUGAGUUCAACAAAUUCAAUCUA